AUUAACGUUUACAAAAUUAGGCCCUCGACAUCACCUACGUGACUACCGAAAAAUUUCUUUUCUACCAAAUAAUAAUAAUAAUAACCUCGGAAAGAACGUGCAUUUUAUAUGUAUCUUCUGAUUUAUCGCCAGAAAUAGACUGAAUUAGCUGGACGUAAAGUGUAAUCUCGUCUGCCGAUAUUCGAGCGGCAGCAUUCGUGAGGUACAGUUGUACGGUCUCCUUUACGAUGAAAGUGUACGGUUGGCUUUUUACUUUCGCCUAUUGGCUGUAUUGCGUCGAUACCAGAGAUGAGGACAAAAUUAUGAAAGCGUGUUACUGGCCGAAUGAAAUGUAUGAGCCGUGUUUCGGUGGUUGCGCCGAGGUGUCGUGUGACAAUCCCCGUAACCACCUGCGACCCUGCUAUCCGUAUUGUGAGCCUGGCUGCGUGUGUGAGGAGCCCUACGUGCGGGAUGACCGCACCCAUCAGUGCGUACUGCCACAGGAUUGUUCACCGACACAAAUGGGAAUACCAGUACCCUCGAAGAAAAAAAGUAAACUACCGUCACCGCCGCCAGUUAUGCCUCCUGGAUCUAGCUUGCCCUAUGACAGCAGAAUGCUGCACUAUAAGCGAUCUGAAGGUGGAGAAAUUAUGGAGAACGAACUGUCUCUAUCACCUCAGCAUCCUGAAGAGCAGUUCAAGCGAGGAAACUCUGAUAUGUCCAGGAUGGGCAACUACUUCAACAUAGUGAUCGCUCCACCUCCGAUCAAAACUCUGCAGCCAAGAAAAAUGAUCUCUAACGACUAUCGCGUAGCCCCUAAACGAUACAGCUCAUAAAUAAAACUGUCA